AUGAACACCAAGUAUACUAUUCUUGCACUUUUGGCACUUUCAGCUGUCGCUGCUGAUGAUGUGUUCCUCCGCGCUCGCCGUCAAUCCUCCUGCGGCUGUGCAAUUCCAGCGGCCCCCUCCUGCAACUGCCAACCGGCUCAAUCCAACUCAGUGCAGCAGUCGUGCUCAUGUGCUCAAGCUCAACAACCAUCGACAUGCGGAUGUGCUCAACAAUACCAGCAACAACAGUGCGCACCGACUUGUCAAAGCUCUUGCGAGCAGAGUUGUGUUGCUCAGCAACAGCCAGCCGCCCAAUGCCAAUCCUCCUGCGCCUCCACCUGCCAAUCCGCGUGCGCCCAACCCGUCCAACUCCAACAACCCGCCCAACAACAAUGCCAACAGGACUGCCAAGCCGCUUGCCCACAACAACCAGCUCAACAACCACAAUGUCAGCAACAGUGUCAGACCACUUGCCAGUCGGAUGACCAGUACAACCAACAACUCGUCCAGCAGAUGACUUACGCUCAACCAGGACAGAUCCCCGCUUAUACUGGGGGAUCCGUGAGCCAGCAGACCGCGGCUCCAGUCAUGCAACAGCAACAACAAUGCAACACUUGCCAAAACUCCUGCUUGAAUACCUGCCAACAACAACAGCAACCAGUGCAACAGUGCCAGAGCUCGUGUGACCAAUCUUGUCAGCCGGCUUGUGGAUCUACCUCAAACUCCGCCUCCUACAACCAAGGAUCCGCCUACAACCAACAGAACAAUAACUACCAACAACCCGGAGCCAUCCCAGCCUACCAAGCCACAGCGCCAACCUACCAAGGAGCCACCUCCGCCCCAACCUACCAGCCAUACCGGGACACUAUGUCGCAAUGCAACACCUGCCAAACCCAAUGCAACCAAGGGUGCCAAGCUCAGCAAACGCCACAAGCCCAAUGUGCUCCACAGUGUGAUGCUCAAUGCCAGCCAGCCUGUGCUCCAGCUGCUCCAGUAGCUCCAGUUCAACAACAAGUUCAACUAACCAUCAACGUGCCAGUGUCCCGCCAGUCCGCCCAGUGUCAACCACAAUGUGAACAGUCCUGCAACACCCAAUGCAUUCAGCAACAACAACCGAUUUCUCAGUGCCAGCCAGCUUGUCAGCAAAGCUGCUCCACUUCAUGCAGAAAAUAG